AAGGAGAUGGAUAAACAGAAGCCAUGUGCUUUUAGUUCAGCCAGUUUCUCCAGUACCAGCCUUGUAGGCAGGGAAAGGGUUUUGCCUAUAGAAUUUGGAGUCCCUGAAGAUCCCUGGAAGAAUGGGCUUUGGGGAAGUAGAGGGGGCAAUGACCCUUUCCUUCUCAGAGACCUGAGUAAACCAUAGGAAUGGAGGAAGUGAAGUGGAAACCUUCUGAAUGGAUUCAUGGCUUCUGGGAUCAAAGUUCCUGUCACCCCCCCACCCCACCCUGGGACUCCCUGUUGAUUCCUGCCCCUUUGUGAAAGUAGGAUGGUAUCAUGCCUUUUCAGUGUUCAGCAGAGGCUGGAGUUUGGAGUUUGGAGUUUGACCCACAACAUCUCAGGAUCGUGGAAGCAAUAGCCGCCAGAGCUACCUGCGUCCUCAGUCCCUCGAGGCAGGGGGGAGAGGAGAGCCUGCCUUCCGUUGCCCAUCUCCUUGCUCUCUUCAGCCUUCUUGUGGAGCUGUUGACUUACGAGGCAGAUCAGCUCACAGGUCCUCUGAAAGAUAGAUACAACUCUGCAGGACUGGCAAACAACAACCAGCAUGGAGAGUAUUGGAAGUAACUCCCUUCCUUCCCACCGUGAUAGCCUGGAGGCCUUUCCAAACAAGACACUGGAGACUGUGGACAUCGUAGUGCUCGUCCUCUAUUUCGUGUUCGUGCUAGGUGUAGGAAUUUGGUCUAUGUGGAAGACCAAGAGAGACACUGUCCAAGGCUACUUCCUGGCUGGAGGGGACAUGGUGUGGUGGCCGGUGGGAGCUUCUCUCUUUGCCAGUAACAUAGGGAGUGGUCAUUUCAUUGGCCUGGCUGGAUCAGGAGCAGCUGUGGGGAUUUCCGUAGCAGCUUAUGAGUUUAAUGGGAUCUUUUCCGUGCUGAUGCUGGGCUGGAUCUUCCUUCCUAUCUACAUUUCUGGAGGGGUCACCACCAUGCCUGAGUACUUACGAAAGAGAUUUGGAGGCAAACGGAUUCCCUUGUUCUUGGCUACGCUCUACUUGUUCAUCUACAUCUUCACCAAGAUCUCGGUGGACAUGUAUGCAGGAGCCAUCUUUAUCCAGCAAUCCCUACAUCUGGAUUUGUACGUUGCAGUGGUGGGGCUGUUGGCGAUCACAGCUGUGUAUACAGUGGCAGGUGGCCUAGCAGCUGUGAUCUACACGGAUGCCCUGCAGACUGUCAUCAUGCUGGGAGGAGCAUUCACUUUAGUGGGAUACAGUUUUGCUGCAGUUGGUGGUAUGGAAGGGCUGAUGGACAAAUACUUUACAGCUCUGGCCAGCAACCGGAGUGCCAACAGCAGCUGUGGGCUGCCUAGAAAUGAUGCUUUCCAUAUUUUCCGAGACCCUUUGAAUUCUGAUCUGCCCUGGCCAGGGGUUCUUCUUGGAAUGUCAAUACCUUCACUUUGGUACUGGUGUACUGAUCAGGUCAUCGUCCAGAGGUCUCUUGCUGCCAAAAACCUUUCGCACGCCAAAGGGGGCUCGCUGAUGGCUGCAUACAUGAAGGUGCUGCCUCUCUUCCUGAUGGUGAUGCCCGGAAUGAUCAGCCGAGUCCUCUUCCCAGACUUGGUUGCCUGUGCUUCACCUGAGACCUGCCAGCAAAUCUGUGGCAACCCAGCUGGAUGCACUGAUAUCGCAUAUCCCAAACUUGUCCUGGAACUCCUGCCUUUAGGGCUCCGGGGACUGAUGAUGUCCGUGAUGGUGGCUGCACUGAUGUCCUCCCUCACCUCCAUCUUUAAUAGUUCCAGUACCAUCUUCACCAUGGAUCUCUGGCUCCAUUUCCGGCCCAAAUCUUCUGAAAUGGAACUCAUGAUUGUGGGCAGAGUGUUUGUGCUGCUACUGGUUGUGGUGUCGAUCCUCUGGAUCCCGUUGGUGCAAUCGAGCCAAGGAGGUCAGCUCUUCAUUUAUAUCCAGUCCAUCAGCUCUUACCUGCAGCCUCCAGUGGCCAUUGUUUUCAUCAUGGGCUGUUUCUGGAAGAGAACAAAUGAAAAGGGGGCCUUCUGGGGCCUGCUGGUUGGCCUGCUCAUAGGCAUGAUCCGGCUGGUGCUAGACUUCAUCUAUCCAGAGCCUCAAUGUGACCACGUCGAUGAGCGUCCGGGCGUGGUGAAGUAUGUUCACUACCUCUACUUCUCCAUGAUCCUGUCCGCCAUCACGCUCAUCACUGUGGUCACAGUGAGUUGGUUCACAGAGCCGCCUUCUAAAGAGAUGAUUAGUCGUCUGACCUGGUUCACGCGCCACGACCCCCCGAUUCAGAAGGGACAGGUGUUAGCAGACUCUUCACUUCCGAGCAUCUCCAAGAAUCUGACCACAGAGGGCAGCAGCACCAGUGCCUGCUUUGAUAUCACCCAGGAUACUGCUUCUAAACCUCAAAGCAGCGAUGUUACUACAAAGUCAUCCAAAGUGAAGAAAACCAUCAUGUGGCUCUGUGGAAUGAGCUCUGAGGGUAGUGAGACGUCUGUACAGAAACCCGAACCUAUUGCCAUUUCCUUGGAAGAAAAGCCUCUUAUCAAAUGGAUUCUGGAUAUCAACCUGAUCAUCUGUAUUUGUGUUGGCAUUUUUCUCUGGGCCUACUUUGCCUAAUGAUGGUAUUGGGGGAUGAAAGGGAGAGACUGUCAGCUGGGUUUCAAUGUUUUAUGCUUACUGAAUUUUUUUUAAUUUCAUGAAAACAAAAUGGUUGGUGUUUUUGUUUGUAUGUUUUUUAAAAAAACCACUAUGGUGUUGGUGUUUUCUAGAUGUUCAAUACAAAUGAAUUUUAGAUCUGCAUUUUUGUGAGAGAGGAAACAAAAAGAUAUGAGAAAGAUAAGCCAUCUUCAUUUUUAAAGUCCUUUUGCUGGAAAAAUGCACACAGUUCAGUGAUUUGAAAGAUUUUAAAUGACAGAAGAAAAUCCACAGCUGAUAUUUAUCCUUGUUCUGUUAAAGGGUGCCCACAAAUCUGGUGUGAAAUGAGAUGGAGGUUAGCCAAGUGAAUGGGGUUAGUGAGCACCAUAUUGGGUUAAUGCUUUACACAAUUUAAUUGUUUGAGAGGCAGCUUUGGCAUAGGGACUAGUAGGCUGGCUUUGAAGCCUGGAAGACCCAAGUUCAAAUCUUGCCUGACACAUAAUGGUUGUUAUUUGGGGCUUCUCACUUAGAGAAGCAACUCUAAGACAAUAAAUUAUAGAGAAAGUGGAAAGAAGGGAACUUGUUCAUCUGGGGGCUCCAUCAAUGAAAUCAAAAGAAUAGUCCCUAAUCGGGGCCCAAUCAGAAAGUCCACUUUUCUUCCUAUCCUUGGGCAAGUUAUUUCCCUUUUCUGGGCUUUGUUUUCCUCACCUAUAAAAUAGCAUCUCCAUGAGGGAGGGAGUGGGGGGGGGGGAAGGAUUGGAUUAGAUGAUGGCUAAAGUCCUUUUUCCGGCUCCAGUAUCCUCAGGCUCUAUGGAUUGGGCCAAGGGUCUUCAUCAGUCAGCCUCCUCAACUAGGUAGGCUUAAGAAGUAUCUGAGGAACUGAUGGGGAAUGGCCCCGACCUGAUCACAACCAAGAAAAAGAUUGCAGGGCCUAGAGAAGCUGUGUCCUGCCUGCAGAGAUAUUAACGUAGGAAACCUAGUUCCCUCCCCCCCCCACUCUCCCCAGGAAAAAAAAAAAGGUCUAGGAUAACUUUGAAUGGCAAAGAUACAGUUCUGUACCCUCUAGGAAAUGUUUAAUACAAGAUGGCCUAUCCCUCUACUACUGGGUUAUCUCCUUAAUUAAUCUAAUGAUUAGCCACCAUGUUAGCCUGAACACAUUCACUACUUAACUAGCAAAAAUUCCUUCCUUUCUUAAUUGUUUUGGGGGGUAGGGAGGGGUGUGUGUGUGUGUGUGUGCGCGCGCGCGCACGCUUGAGAGAGAGAGAGAGAGAGAGAGAGAGAGAGAGAGAGAGAGAGCGCCAAAUUAGCAAUGAUCCAGGCUCUCUUCCUCAUCAGAAAGUGUAUGUAUAAGUUACCAGGUUAUGUUCACAUUGGUACUGUAUUCUUUGGCCCAUAUGUGAUAAAGGACCUCCUGAGCAGAUCUUCUCCUUUUUCUAGUUUCAUCCAUAUGGUAAAGAACAUAUGUGUUGUGUGACUUUUAAAUAAAAUCGUUACCAGCUCACAUACCGGUUUUCU